GCCAGCCACGAUCUCGAGGAGAAACUUCAAGCGUUCCAAGAGAGCGAGCGGACGUCGGCCCGAGCCUUGUUGCAUGCCAACGAGCACUUUCAGGACGCCGUCCCCUCGUUUUGGGAUUGGGUCGCGGAACAUUUGCAGAUGUCCGGGGCCACCGGCGUGGCGCCGCUGAUAGAGGCGUGGACCUCGAGUGAUCCGGAUCGCUUCAAGUCCUGCAACGAGAGCGUAGGCAUUUUUCCUGCCAAGGCCGCGAGCGGUUUGACGGAGCCCCUGCUUGGGCGAGUCCGGGGCCCGACGUUCAGUGCUUGGGUGAAUACGGCCCUCCCGGGCAUGAGGGAUGCGUUGAAGGAGUCUUCCACGCCGUCGUCGGGAGUCCCGGAGGCGGACGCGGGAGCCAAGGCACCCGUACCUCCAUCCCCUUCGCGUCCCGCGAAACGCUCGGCCUCAGGAGGGCGUCCCGGUAAACGAAAAGUCUCCCGCGUUCACGCUGCUGUUCCCUUACCAUCCGCGGACCCGAAUCUACCCCGAGACGUUGAUGCGACCUAUAUGGCCGUGGCGUCAUCGAAGCCGUGGGAACAGUACAAAGCGCAGGAGUCGUUUAUCCAUUCGUCGUGGCGUCGACUUUCGCUGUGGGCGGAGCUCCAGGAACAACUCGAGGAUUUCUGGGAAAACCAUGCCCUCGCGCACUGGAGCCGUCGUUUCAUGCGGGGGUCGGCCGAAGUGAAUGCCGAAGUCGAGAUGGCCAUGGGGCCAUUGGUGGGCAUUAUCGGAUGCCUAUACCGCAUCAUUCGGCGCCACGGGACCGACUUGUUGCGCUGCCUUUGUUACCCCCAUUCGUAUUGGCCGGACUUUCUUCGCGACGGGGUCUCUUUGAAGAUGAUAGCCUCGGUCCAGGUUGCUCGAGCCGUGCAGGAAUACCUGUCGUCGCAAGGUCCGGAAUUUUGGCCGGAGGUUCCGUCCAAUUCUCGCACGGAGCCGUUCGAUCCCCCUUUCAUGGCCACUGUAGCCUUCCCCAAGGGGCGCUCGCUGAGGGAGUUUUGGUUGAAGAUGUUUGACCCCUUGAAUUCGGCGAACUGUUCUCGGGAGAGAGUGUCGCGAGUGUUGGCGUGGUUGUAUGCUCAGGCCGAAGAGUGCCGACGCGCCGGCGUCUAUCAGGGGCGUUUCCCGUUCGUGAUGGGCGACCGUUCGCAUCCCCCCGAAGGGUCCCAGUGGGCACGUGGUAUGCCGCGCCCAGCGGGUAUUCCCCCCACGGGGCAUACGCCCCCACUUCCCCACACCACCGCGGUACCGAAAACGGACACGACGUUCGGCGCGUCCACAACCCUUUCAGCUUCCGGGGUUCAGAGUACGCUCCCUGCGCCGGAAAUGGUGGACUUGUUGUCCAAUUCCGCUACGGACACCGAUGAGGAGACGGUGAUCGUUGACCUUUGA